AUCCUAUCUCAUAUUGAGCCGUUUGCAAACAACCCCUAUUCACUAAUUGUUUUAUUGUAUACUAUUUUGUGAACUGUUAUCAUUUGAAACCAGUCACAUUUACUUCCUCAGUUUGCCACACUCCUCUACUUCAUCACUCCACAGUAUUGCCCUACCAAUUGUGCAUUUAACUUAAGGCGUUUGUCCUCAAUUCAGUGACUUGUUUUCCCCAAACACGUAUUUUUUUGAUGAAUCAACUAGAUUAUCACCGCCACUUACCUCCUUACAGAUCCCUCCUCAAUCCCAAUGCCAAAUAUGAUUAUCAGCUACACUCCCUUAUUCCCAUCAGCCAGAAUGAGUUGAAUAACUUGAAACUCAUCUUCAUGAGAAAUGAGGGCAAUCAAGGAAACUCCCAGCAGAAGCCUACAUUCAAAAUGAAGUACAAGAGUUUACUAAAUGAUGUCAAUAGAAAGAUAUCUCUUAAGAUAUCCAAUCCUAGUUUCUUGAACUCCUCAAGUUUGGCCCCCAAUGUCAAUACUCCUGGCUCCGGCUGUUCCCCUUUGUUAUGUGUGAAGGAACUGUUAUCAUUUAAAUCGCUUCCAAUUGAAAUCCAGUUCCAUGUUUUCUCAUUCUUAUCGAAGAAAGACCUUCAAAGCACUAUUGUAGUAAACAAGGACUUCUAUAAGCUUUCUAAAAAGUUUUUGUACAAGAACUUGGUGUUUGACUCUUCGUUUAGAUUUGCUCAAUUCAUAACCAUUUUGAGAAUCAACUCUAAAUUGGGUAACCUAGUGGAAACCAUUGACUUGUCGGGGUUGAAGCCUUGCGAUUAUGAUGUACAGGAUGACUCGAAUGCGUUAACAAACCAAACUUCAAUCAGUUCAGAUAGUAAUGAUGAGGAAGGUGAGCUAGUAUUUGCCGAUAAUGACAAAGUCAAGGCUGGCUGGAGAGAUUGGAAGUUCUUGAGAAACCCAUUGUACUCCAGUGGUUUAGGAUUAACAAGGAUUCUGUCCAAUUCGCCCAGUUUUAACUCAAACAAGUCCUUGAACUCCAAUAAUAAGAAGAAGUUGAAAUUUUCAUUCUUAAAGUCCAAGAGGAAUAAACUCGGCGGACAUGUUCAUUUAAAUGGUAUUCAUUCUAUCCACCAUCAAGCCAGCACUCAUGCCCAAGGAUCUUUGAAAAUACAUCCUUCUAUAAACAAGUUUUUGAUAAACUAUUCCAAUACCAAGGACUUGCCAGUUGGUUACGUCUUACACUUGCUUAACAUGUGUCCAAACUUGACUUCCAUUAACCUAGGUAAUUUGCAAUUAUCUGUCGAUUAUGAAAUCAAUCCUAAUUUUAUCUACAAGUUUCACACGUUUGAUGUCAUUCAUAAUUAUCCUUCCAGUCUACUUAUGCACAUAAAUGAUUUAGAUGACUCCAACUCAAUUUACAACAUGGAUUUGUUGGAGAAUCUCAAUCAAAGAUAUGAUGUUGACAACAUGUCAAUGAUUUCAAGUUCGUCUUCCAGAUCAAGAUCUAAGUUAAAAUCCAUCAAUAAGUCCCAAAAACCGGUUUGGAAGUAUAACUCUCUACUUACUCCAAUGCCUAACCUGAACUAUUUGAACAAGAAUGAUGGAAAAUUGUACUUAAGUGACUUGAACUUAAAGUCAAUGAAUCAAAACUAUUUGGUUAAGUUGAACGAAUUUGAUAUCUUAAAUUUGCUUAUCAAGUGUCACAAAUUCAAUAUUAACUUCAAGUACUUGAAUCUUAGUUCCAUGAUUUGGCUCAAUAAGAAACUCAUCCAAAAUUUCUUCUCAAAAUUCUUGAGACCCAAUUACUUGACUGACCUCGAAAUGGAAUUUGUGCCUAGAAACUUGGUAAUCGAUUUAACCAACUCGGGUAUGUACAAAGAUCUAGUGUGGGCCAGAAAAAUUGACUUGAACAAACAAGAAAGUUUCGAUAUCCUAAUCAGAAUCUUGAAAGACGAAUUAUUAAACGUCUGGGAGCUGAGAUUAAGAGAGGAUAGAAUAAGAAGAGGUAGAAUGGCAGAAAACUAUCUUUCUUAACAAGUCUGCACUCUGGAAGUCAGAAUGUUUAACAUUAAAACAGUACUAGGAGUUACUGAAACUUGAAUUCUUCAAUUCUUUUCUUACAUGCUACUCCAAGUGAUAAUAUCCAAUGGAUUAACAUUAUCAUCUGGUUUAGUGUACUUUAAGUCCUAAUCACCUGUGUUUUAUGGCCAUAGAUUUAUAGAUUUGUAUUAUUACCCAGCUUCCAUAAACAUUUUAUGUCAUUCAGGAGAUAAAAUGUGAAAUGUAUCAGUUAUCAGGUCAUCACCAUUUCAUGGGCCAGCUAAAAUCUCAAAAGACUAGCGACCUUAAAAGCGAUGGUUUUAAAACUGAGUUAUCCUUAUGGGAUACGCGGCUUGUGAUCUUCUUAGCUACAAAAGUUAAUGCUGUGUUAAAAAACCACAAGUCGAAGCAUCCGUAUU